CGUCUCUCCUUCUUGCUUGCUCUUGGUAACUAGCAGCUGGUAGAGAGAUCGCCGGAGAGGAGGGGGGAGGCGACGGCGAGAAGAUGGCGGGAGGGUUCUCGGUGUCCGGGUCGUCCGGGACGGAGUUCGAGGCGAAGAUCACGCCCAUCGUGAUCAUCUCCUGCAUCAUGGCGGCCACCGGCGGGCUCAUGUUCGGCUACGACGUCGGGAUCUCAGGCGGUGUGACGUCGAUGGACGACUUCCUGCGCGAGUUCUUCCCGUCGGUGCUGAAGAAGAAGCACGAGGACAAGGAGAGCAACUACUGCAAGUACGACAACCAGGGCCUGCAGCUCUUCACCUCGUCGCUCUACCUCGCCGGCCUCACCGCCACCUUCUUCGCCUCCUACACCACCCGCCGGCUCGGCCGCCGCCUCACCAUGCUCAUCGCCGGCGUCUUCUUCCUCGUCGGCGUCAUCUUCAACGGCGCGGCACAGAACCUCGCCAUGCUCAUCGUCGGCAGGAUCCUGCUCGGCUGCGGCGUCGGCUUCGCCAACCAGGCCGUUCCCCUGUUCCUGUCGGAGAUCGCGCCGACGAGGAUCCGCGGCGGGCUCAACAUCCUCUUCCAGCUCAACGUCACCAUCGGCAUCCUCUUCGCCAGCCUCGUCAACUACGGCACCGCCAAGAUCCACCCGUGGGGAUGGCGUCUGUCGCUGUCGCUCGCCGGCAUCCCGGCGGCGCUGCUGACGCUGGGCGCGCUGUUCGUGGUGGACACGCCCAACAGCCUGAUCGAGCGCGGGCGGCUGGAGGAAGGGAAGGCGGUGCUGAGGAAGAUCAGGGGCACGGACAACGUGGAGCCGGAGUUCAACGAGAUCGUGGAGGCGAGCCGCGUGGCGCAGGAGGUGAAGCACCCGUUCCGCAACCUGCUGCAGCGGCGGAACCGGCCGCAGCUGGUGAUCGCCGUGCUGCUCCAGGUGUUCCAGCAGUUCACCGGGAUCAACGCCAUCAUGUUCUACGCGCCCGUGCUGUUCAACACGCUCGGGUUCAAGAGCGACGCGUCCCUCUACUCGGCGGUGAUCACCGGCGCCGUCAACGUGCUGUCCACGCUGGUGUCCGUCUACUCGGUCGACCGGGUGGGGCGGCGGAUGCUGCUGCUGGAGGCCGGCGUGCAGAUGUUCCUCUCGCAGGUGGCCAUCGCCGUGGUGCUCGGCAUCAAGGUGACGGACCGCUCCGACAACCUCGGCCACGGCUGGGCCAUCCUGGUGGUGGUCAUGGUCUGCACCUUCGUCGCCUCCUUCGCCUGGUCGUGGGGGCCGCUCGGGUGGCUCAUCCCCAGCGAGACGUUCCCGCUCGAGACCCGCUCCGCGGGGCAGAGCGUCACCGUCUGCGUCAACCUGCUCUUCACCUUCGUCAUCGCGCAGGCCUUCCUCUCCAUGCUCUGCCACCUCAAGUACGCCAUCUUCGCCUUCUUCUCCGCCUGGGUCGUCGUCAUGUCCAUCUUCGUGCUCUUCUUCCUCCCCGAGACCAAGAACGUGCCCAUCGAGGAGAUGACCGAGAGAGUCUGGAUGCAGCACUGGUACUGGAAGCGCUUCAUGGACGGCGACAACCACCACGUCGUCGCCAACGGCGGGAAGAGCAACGGCACCACCGUUUGAGUUAGUCGCUCUAAAUAUGCCACUAAUCACAAUCUUGUGUGAGAAACACAUCGAUGACCAUGUGAGAUCGAUCGAUACGCAGCUAGCUGAUACGGCACGCAAAGAGCACGGGUAGAACUCUAGUGUCGAGGUCUCGGCUUUGUACGUACUGCGAGCAAUGGCUAGUAUUCCAUUUCAGUCUCUCAGAGCGCUUCUUGAGCUCUAGCUUAUUUGUAUGAAUUGUAUCCUCCUUAUUUUAUCAUAGAAAACCUGACGUGAGUUGGCACCUCAUUGUAAUUUGCAGAACAUAAUGCCAUAUAUCUGCACCUUCUGUGCGAAAUUUUAA